AUGUCCGUUUCUCGGGCAUGGUCCACAUCACUCUUGCAUCACUCUAGUCGAGCUCAUGCAGUCGACCGAUACAAGGCUAUUCGCACAUUCUUCUCCCAUGAAUACUCUCCCAAUCCUUCUACAUCUACUUUGAGAUUCAGGAACGAACGUUUCCAUGCGAACGUGCUGCAGUCCGUGAACUCACGGCUGUGUAUACGCUAUCUGUCCAUUAGCACUUGUCGAAGGUCGGAGCAGCGCCAACCUGGACAUCCGCUCGCAGAAACGAAAGACGAGAGUCUCCAGCGAAGCGCCUCACCCGACGGACAAGAGCCCUCACGUACGGAGCCUGAUCAUCGGUACCUCGAGAACUACCCUCGUUUCUUCCGACGUUUAGCCCUUUCGUUACCUCAUCUAAAUCGUCCGUCACGCGACGAUUUCCUUAACGCCGCCAAUGGCUUUUGGCAGCGUGUUCGGGUGCGUUUCAAAUGGCUUACCAUCAGGUCCUUUCGCAAGUAUAAUGCAGAUGAUAUAUCUGCAUUUGUGACCUGGUUCUUUAUGAGCCAAGCCUUAUGGCUCUUCGUCGGAACCACGACAUUCUUCUCUGUGCUGUUUGCCGUUGCAAACAGCCUUCGAUUACAGGAAUAUGUUGCUCGCGCGAUCAGUGACUACCUAGCAUCUGAGACUGGGAUCACCAUCAUUUUUGAGUCUGCCAUUGUUCCUAAAUGGAAGGACUCCCGCAUCUCGUUCAAGAAUGUCUAUAUCAUCCGCGGACCUCUCGAUCCCGACGCAGCGAGGCGUCGCCUUUCUGCCUUAUCUAAAGCCGCGCACGAAGUAGCGGCAGGCUACGAUGUUCAUAAUCACCCAUCUUAUCAUGUCAUAGGUGAGGAAGAGGAAGAGGGACCAGUUAGAGAUCACUCGAAUGACGACCUCAACUAUUCUAUGUUUGAUCUGACCGUCGACUCCAUUGAUGUGACCUUGUCUUUUGCGCGGUGGUUUGAGGGAAGAGGAUUAGUGGUUGACGCUGUGGUCAAGGGAGUUCGAGGAAUACUAGAUCGUCGCACGGUAACUUGGGAUCCUGACAAUCCGCUGGAUCCAGCGGCAUUCCGCCAUGCUGCAUAUCCUGGAGACUUCGAGUUGGAGUCCCUCCAGCUAGAGGACCUACUCAUAACUGUGUAUCAGCCGGGUGAUUUCCGUCCCUACACAGCGUCGAUCUUCCGCGCAGAUAUCCAAACAUUCCGCAAGCAGUGGCUAUUUUACGAUUUCCUCUGCGCAGAGAAUGUUGUGGGUCAGUUCGAUAACUGUCUGUUCAGUCUGCAUCGCCCCCAGAGCAUAGGACGCACUACAGAUCAAGAUUUGAAGGACGGCCAGUGGGCGCGUAUGUCUCGCUUCCGGAUUGACGGAGUGAACAUAGACCAUUUGCAGAGCAUGACGACGCAAGAAGGCCCUUUCUCUUGGAUAACAUCAGGCAAGGUCGAUGCCGUUUUGGACAUAAAGUUCCCUCGCGACCCGCAGGAAGACCUGCGGCUCAAUGCACUCCUCGGCGAACUUGCGGACGCAAUAACUACCGCAGCAUCAUCUGCAGCCGAGCGCAUCCCCGGGCAGCGUGAGCUAGCGAAACCGCCUUUGAGCGCGCCAUCGGAUAAUGAAGUGAUAGUGGAGACCGAGCCGCAAGUAGUCAUUGACAUCGAUUUACGCUUUAGGGAUCUGAAGGCAGCGGUACCGCUGUUUACCCAUGAUUUGAGCUAUGUGAACAACGCGCUCAUCAGGCCGAUUGUAGCUUUCAUGAACGCGAAUCGGACACUGGUACCCAUCCGAUGCCAUGUUGUCCAGCCACUGACUGAUUUCGAAGGAUCUUGGACACUGUGGGAAACCGGUUUGAUGGAUAUCAUUUCAUUGAAGGUGUACGAGGCCAUGGCAUACCACGUCGCGCAAGUCAAUUUUAACCGGCGCAUCAAAUACGUUGGCGCAUGGAGUUUGCACAUGACGGCGAGUGCGAUUAUGUCUGCCCUGCGUACCCUACUAGAUCCAGUCGCAACUCACCUGCGGGACCUCUACGAGCAAGAAUUUCUUUAUCACUAUGAGACGAUGUUACGCACCGGUAGCCCCAUUCCGGUUUGA